AUGGAUGCGACGAUUCUGACACCACGGCUGCGGCUAACGCUUCUCACGACAGCAGAGAGAAGAAGCAAUGAACUUGAAUGGAUCCACGCAUUGCGCAGUGAUGAGAAAGCUUCGUGGUGGAGCAUCUCUGGUCGCGCGAAAACCAUCGAAGACACGGAAAAAGUACUCAAGAAUAUCUUGCCAAACACCGCAAAGACGGGAGAAGAGAAAUCUUACAGAAUCGCCUAUAUGAUACAUGAGCUACUUCCUUCCAAUGGCGACUCAACAUGCAAAGAAAAUUCGCCAACACGUUUCAUUGGCCUCGUAGCCCUCCACUCCGUAGGUCCCCACGACCUCGCUCUGCCCGACCACUUAUUCCCGGCUUCAACUUUUUCGCCAGAUUGCCUAAACAUGAUACUUGCGUACCAGUUUCUUCCCGCAGCCUGGGGCAAGGGUUAUGCAACGGAAGCUGUGAAUGCAGUACUGGAGGCUUGUGGAAACAGAAGGAAGUUCUGGGACUUGUAUGAGAAAGUGUUUGUGAGGGCAAUUGUUAAUGGUGAGAAUCCAGCUAGUCAGCGGGUUAUGGCGAAGACGGAUAUGAAGAAGUUGGGUGUGUAUGAGUGGGUUGGGGAUGAGUUGUGGCUGGGGGGAAAGUGGAGGACAAGGGACGAUUUGUAUAUCUAUGGCAUGUUUGUUAUAGAGUGA